CACGCGGCCUUGAGAAGUCACCGAUAUCGUUGUAAGACCGCAACGUUUCUAUUUAUGUAAGCGCAGUACAUUUGUUACUCACAGUUUCGAUUUAUCCGUCGCAUGUGACAGUUAACGUUUUUAGACGUUAGUAAAAUUAAUUCGCGUUUAAAGAUGAAAUAAUUUAUUGCUGCCACCUUUCUAACUUUCGACUCGACUUAAUUUAAGCUAUUUCUAUUAAAUAUACUGGUUUUCUGAACUGCACAUAAUGACAGAUGCCAUAAAACCGGAUAAAACUUAUAUCUAAUAUAAUAGUCGGCACUUGCAAGUUGUAGUUUACAUUUUCAGGUAUCGACACUUUAAUGAGAAUGGACAUAAAACUUGUUUUCAUUAUAUUUAUGCUUACUGCAGUGUUACUGGAAGCAAAACUAAAUCUGUGGGAAAACUUAGCAUUUCCUCAGAAAGCAAUAUUUAACUAUCUGUUUCCUAAAGAUCCCGGUAUAAUAAGAGUAAGGAAGCCAGAACAAAUUCAAACAACGAACAAUGUAACUACAUUGGAUUUUGCCGGAUUGGUAGAGAAAUAUGGUUACCCUACCGAAGAACAUUACGUCAUAACGGAAGAUGGUUAUAUUUUGGUAAUACAUAGGAUAUUAAAAAGUCCACUGUCUAAAGAUUACCAAAGAAAAGAAAUUGUGUUUCUUCAACAUGGUGUUAUAUGUUCAUCUGACUGUUGGGUAAUGAUCGGUGCUGAGAAAGACCUUGCGUUCUUAUUGGUUGAUAAUGGAUACGACGUAUGGCUUGGAAAUUUCAGAGGAACUUCUUAUUGCAGAUCACAUAUAAAAAUAUCUCCAAAAAAUAAGGAAUUUUGGCAAUUUAGUUAUCACGAGAUGGGAACGAGAGACCUGCCAGCUAUGAUUGAUUACGUACUUAGUUACACAAAACAACAAACUCUACACUACAUCGGUCACUCGAUGGGAACUACCACGUUAUUCAUUUUACUAUCUAUGAAACCCGAAUACAAUGCAAAAAUAAAAUUGGGAAUCUGCCUUGCUCCGAUUGCUAUUUGGAAAGAAAGAAUUCCUUUACCGGAAAAUAUUUUUAAUAAAAUACCAAAGAUUAUGAAAUUUCUUUAUUCUAAUGAAAUAUAUGAAGUGGCCUCAUUAUCAUCAACAAGUAUCACGUUAGGAAGAACAUUGUGUACAGAUAAGGCAAUCACUCAGACUGUCUGCGUUGCAAUAAUAUUUCUAAUCGCUGGAUCUGAUCCAGCGCAAUUUAACACUACGGCAUUACCGGAAAUAUUAUCGAAUUAUCCAAACGGCGCUUCCGUGCGAACAUUCGAACAUUAUGUCCAAAAUAUGAUUACAAAAUCUCUUUGA